UUUGACGGUGGGCAAGACGGAGAGCAAGACGGAGAGCAAGACGGAGAGCAAGACCGAGAGCAAGACCGAGAGCAAGACGGAGAGAGCAAGACCGAGAGCAAGACCGAAAGCAAGACCGAAAGCAAGACGGACCGAGAACAAGACGGAAAGCAAGACCGAGAGCAAGACGGAAAGCAAGACGGAAAGCAAGACCGAGAGCAAGACGACCGAGAGCAAGACGGAAAGCAAGACCGAGAGCAAGAUGGAGAGCAAAGACGGAGAGAGAGCAUCGGAAUUUGA